AUGUCUGCCUUCGCCUCAUCUCUGCGCCCAGUGAUGCGCACCGCCACUGGCGGAGCUCUCUCCGCGCGUUCCUUCAGCUUUUCCUCAUCGCGUUCGGUAGCUCGUAUGAUCAUCACCGGCCGUCUGGCAGCCGCUCCGGAGCUGCAGGCCACCUCAUCCGGUCAGGAUGUCAUCAGAUACACCGUUGCUACCUCGACCGGGGCCCGCGACAACCGACAGACAAGCUGGUUUAAGGUCGCAAGCUUCGACCAGGGUGGUCAGCGCGAUUUCGUGCUCGGUUUGCAGAAGGGAACCCUUGUUUACCUCGAGGGAAGCGCCAGCCUGCGGGAAUGGGAGGACGCUGAGGGCAAGAAGCAGACCACUCUGAACAUUGUUCAACGGAACCUUGAGGUCCUCAAACGCCCGAACAUCCCUAACGAAAAUGAGUCUGCCUAA